AUGAGAACUCUGGGUUUUAACGUGAACGAACAAGAAUUACAACAGAUCAUUUUGAAUGUUGAUUACGACAGUAAGUCCACUCCCUCCCGAUGAGUUAUUCCCAGGGUAGAGACGGGUGGAAAUCUAUUUAAAAGUAACUGUUACACUGAGUUAGAAUCCAUUUUUUCAACUUAAAUUAUUCAAACUGGGCAGGCCUUGAGGACCGCACUUACUUUGUAGAUGUUAGUGUAGCAAGAAAAGAUUGUUAGGAACUUGAACCCUGGCGCUUAUUAGUGUGCCAUGAAAAUGGCAAAACACCACCACCUCCAACAACAACAACAAUGAAUUUCUCUACUCAGAUUUUCGGGGUAAGGAUAUUAUCUACUCUAAGAACCCGCUUUGUAAAGGUUGUCGCCCAACCCGUCUUGGCGGCAUUAACCUAUCUAAAGUGACUCAAAGUCUCUUUGACUUUAUAAUGUCGGCUCACACCGAACCAAAGGAGUUUUUGUUUUUCAGAUGACGGGGUGUUAAAUUUUGAGGAAUAUAUUCAACUUAUGGAACAACAGAAAACUGUCGAUGAAAGAGAAGAUGAUAUCGUACAAGCUUUUCGUGUUUUUGAUUCUGAGAGCAACGGAUACAUAGAAUCAGCUGACUUAAGAGAAUUGUUGGAAAAUAUGCAUUGGGACAUUUCUGCCGAGGAGCUGAAAGAUCUGAUUAUAAGCUCUAACCUUCAGCAAGACCGCAAAAUUGGCAUAGAAGGUAGGAUAAAUAGUUCCGUAUUCUGCACUUUUGGUUUUAUUGUUAACCGAUAUAUGUCAUUUUGAUAAGACAGAUAGAACCUUUAAGCCGUUUACCAAGUUCUCUACUUGAUAGUACUUGGUUGUGAUCCAAAACGGCAAUCAAGAUCAGCAUAAUGGUAAAGUUUUAAGUCAUAUAAGGCGCAUUUUGCUUAUUUUUGUUUUCAUGGUUACGCUUGUACUUUCAGAAUUCGCGUGGCUUGUGGAUCCGGAGGGACUGCCAUCUCAAGACAAAAAAAGAAACCAUGAAGAUUAUUGA